CCCCGGAGCGGGAGCGUGGCCUUCCGGCCCGGCAGUCGUGCGGCCUAGUGCCGGGCGCUGUGCGGUGCCCGCGGCUGCUGUGCCCGCGCCGGUUUUCGCGGGAGCCCGUGUCGUCCGCCUCACUAUGUCUGGGGAAACUGAGUCCCCAGGGGCAGUUGCUCGCCCGAGUCACCCAGCUGCACCAGAGGCUUCUCGUUUCGGCCGCCUCCUCGCUCCUUCCGGGACCCGGCCCCGGGCCUGUGGGUCCAAGGGCCGCCCGAGCCGCGGCGAAAACUUGGCCGACCUUGGCCUUGUCGGGUCGGGCUGUUGCGGGGGAGGGGAGGCGUGUCCCGGGCAAGGUCCCCGCGGCGGCUACCCCGGCGCAGAACUGCGCUGAGCGCGGCGACCUCGGCGGGGACCGGGGUGAUGCGACCAGGCCCCGCUCUGGAGGCGCUGCGUCUCCGGCGGGGGACCGCGUGUACACACUGGGGCAGCAGCCUCGGAAGAGGAGUCUGGUUCCUUAAGAUGGCCUGAUAUGAAGGCGUCACGCCUCCUGCGUCCCCAAGCCUCCAGAGCUGCCCUGUGGCUGCCUUGUCCUUCAAGUCCAGGAGCCAGUCGAAAUGUCGGGAAUGGAAGCCAAUGUGACCAUCCCGAUCUGGCAAAACAAGCCGCAUGGGGCUGCUCGAAGUGUAGUAAGAAGAAUCGGGACCAACCUGCCCCUGAAGCCAUGUCCCCGGGCAUCCUUUGAGACCCUGCCCAACAUCUCUGACCUCUGUCUGAGGGAUGUGCCCCCAGUCCCUACUCUGGCUGACAUCGCCUGGAUUGCUGCAGAUGAAGAGGAGACUUAUGCCCGGGUCAGGAGCGAUACACGCCCCCUGAGGCACACCUGGAAGCCCAGCCCUCUGAUCGUCAUUCAGCGCAAUGCUUCAGUGCCCAACCUCCGUGGGUCGGAGGAGAGGCUCCUGGCCUUGAAGAAGCCAGCCCUGCCGGCCCUCAGCCGCACCACAGAGCUGCAGGAGGAGCUGAGCCACCUGCGCAGCCAGAUUGCUAAAAUAGUGGCAGCUGAUGCAGCUUCGGCUUCAUUAACGCCAGAUUUCUUAUCUCCAGGAAGUUCAAAUGUCUCUUCUCCCUUACCUUGUUUUGGAUCCUCAUUCCACUCUACAACUUCCUUUGUCAUUAGUGACAUCACCGAGGAGACCGAGGUAGAGGUCCCUGAGCUUCCAUCAGUCCCCCUGCUUUGUUCUGCCAGCCCUGAAUGUUGCAAACCAGAACACAAGGCUACCUGCAGCUCGUCUGAAGAAGAUGACUGCAUCUCUCUGUCCAAGGCCAGCAGCUUUGCAGAUAUGAUGGGUAUCCUAAAGGACUUUCACCGGGUGAAGCAGAGCCAAGAUCUGAACCGGAGUUUAUUGAAGGAGGAAGACCCAGCCGUCCUUAUCUCUGAGGUCCUAAGGAGGAAGUUUGCACUGAAGGAAGAAGAUAUCAGUAGAAAAGGAAACUGAUAGCACUCAGCUCUGCAAACUCAGUCUCAUGCUCCUGGAAUUCCUUCAACAGCUGCCUUCCUCACUGCAGAUGUUUCUGCCUCUCAAUUAGAAAUCUUCUGCAACAGUCUUGCCGAAAGCUAGAGCUUGGACUAAGAGAAGAGCUGCGUUAUAUGUUUUCCGUACUUCAAACCUUAGCAGAAGCUGCCUGUUUUGAGCUGAGACACGUUACAGGUAAUUGUGUAGGUUGGAAUGUCCCAGUUUAAAGGGUGAGAUAGAAGUUUCUGGUUUUUCCUUGCCCCUGUGUGAAAAUAGGUCCUAAAUGAAUGACUGACUUCACUGCACUAGACCCCAUAACUGGUCUCACUGAACACUUUGUGCCCAGCUGUCACUUACUCUCAGCCAGUUCCUUGCAGCAGAGCAGGGCUGAGGGGAGGGGGCUAUGUUUAUGUACAUGUUCACAGGGCAGGGAAAAUCUUAUGCUGCUCCAUCAUGAACUGACACCAGUGCCCAGCAAUCACUCUCUCCCCCUUCCCUGUCCAACACCUACAUGUAGAGGUCGAGCCACUGGACCAGCUGACACUUGGGCUGCUGGGAGGCCUGGGCUGUUUUUUCUUAAAUAUAUUUUGUAAUACUGUACAACCAAAUCUACCCUCCAAGGCCCUGGGCCCUCAUUGGUUCCACUAAUUGAAAGCUCUUUCUCUUCCAUGGACUUUAGUUUAAGCCCAGUAGGAAAGAGAAAUGGAGAUGGGAAAGAGAGUACCAUCCCUCUUCCAGGCCCUUGACUGCUCCUUUGCAUUGGGCCAAGGUUUGUACCUACCACACCAUGCAUGACUCAGAUGCCCUCAGGUCCCUUUUCUCUACGGUAUGUAUCCUGUGUGUGUUUGGGUUGAAGCACUACCUGACAUUAAAGGAAGGAUUUGGAGAGAUAUUGCA